AGCAUCAUCAUCGUGUCUACAUCCGAUGAGUAUGUGUCAUCCAAACUCACAGCAAAACAACAUACUGACACCUCAGCUGGAUCUACUGACCCGUUUGGGUCCAAUAACCCCUUAACACUAUCACAGACUUCGCUGACAGACCCAUAAGCACAUCAAGUGACGGAUCCGGUGCCUGUGAACAAGUAUAUGUCGUAAGAUCCCUAGGGGUAAGGCUCUGGUUCCGCCCGAAUCAUGUCCUGCAGUCUGCUGGAGUUCGGCCGGGUCCAGGAGCUCAGGCAGGUGCGAGAGUUUCUGUUCGCCACACAAAACACCGCAGGUCCGGAUGAAGAGAAAACAAAAGCAGAGAACGAGUUAACAUGGGAUGACUCAGACUGGGGAUCCUGGGAGAAUCCUGACACUAAGGAGAAUGAAAACCAGGCUGAAGAAGAAGAACAGCCGCAACAGAGCGCCCCCUGGCUGCAGGACUGUGUGCUGUCUCUCUCCCCAUGCUCUGAUCUUCUGGUCAUAGCUAGAGAGCAAAAAGCUGCUUUUCUCUCUGCUAAGUGGCGGACCGAUGAAGGCGGACAGGAAGAGAUGACCCUCGGUGUGAGCUGGAGCGGAGCGCUGAGUGUUGAAGAAGGGGAGUGCAUUAGUAGUGUUAUCUGUAUUCCAUUGGCCAGCCAAAAGAGGAGUUCCACAGGCCGGCCUGAUUGGACGUGUAUUGUGAUUGGGUUCAGCUCAGGUUAUGUCCGUUUCUACACAGAGAGUGGCGUUCUUCUAUUGGCUCAGCUUUUGCAUGAAGAUCCUGUGCUCCGUCUCAAAUGUCGUACCUAUGAGAUUCCACGACACCCUGGAGUAACAGAACAGCAUGAGGAGCUGAGUAUUUUAUACCGAGCAUCCCUGGUUACUAUCGAUGGGUUUAGUCUUUUCCAGUCUUUACGUGCCUGCCGAAACCAGGUCGCCAGAGCUGCAGCAGUAGGAAGUGAUGUCAUCCAGCCUCCACCACUGGCUUAUAAAAAGUGGGGCCUAAGUGACAUGGACAAAGUUGCAGACCAUUCCAGCAUAGGCAUUACAAACUUAAGUGUGUUUGAUCAGAUGAAAAAUGCCUCUGUUCUGGGAGGAUUUCAUGCUUCGAUUAAAGGAAGCCCUCCUGCUAUGUGUCAGUAUAUUACAGCGGGAGCCGGGCCCUACGCGGGUUUCUAUUACGCUGUAGAGGGCAGUUCUCAGCCUCUUCUCUCUCACGUGGCUCUGGCUGUGGCCAGUAAACUCACAUCAGCUCUGUUUAGUGCGGCCAGUGGUUGGUUGGGUUGGAAGAGUAAAAACGAUGAGGAGUCAGCGCAGAAACAGAAACCAAAGGUGGAGCCAGCCACGCCUCUUCCUGUUAGGUUUGGUCUUCCUGAUUCUCGUCGACACGGCGAGACUAUCUGUCUCUCUCCAUGUAACACAAUGGCUGCAGUCACAGAUGAUUUUGGAAGAGUCACGCUCCUGGAUGUGGCACGAGGCAUCGCUAUCAGGAUGUGGAAGGGUUACCGUGAUGCUCAGCUUGGGUGGCUGCAGGUAUCCGAAGCACGUGGGGAAAGAGAAAUAGCAACAUCUCCCUCUAUGCCCCGACGCCAUGCCCAAUUUCUGGUGAUUUAUGCCCCGCGCAGGGGCAUUUUAGAGGUGUGGGGAACCCAGCAUGGACCACGAGUGGGGGCUUUUACUGUAGGCAAACAGUGCAGGCUGCUGUACGCAGGUCACAGGUUAAUGGGUGUGAACAGUGUAACCAGUCAGGGCUGGCAGAUACACACACAGCAAGUGUGUCUGUUUGACCCUGUUAGUGGACUUCUGAGAUGCAUCACCAUACCAUUUCACCUUGCACUUAGUGAUAAGAAGAGCGAGCGUGCCAAAGACAUGCACCUGCUCAAGAGACUAACAUCUCUACUGAAGAGCAGGGAGGUGGAGCCAGCUCUGCUUGAGAGUGAAGCACAAAAUGUGUUACUGGACAUUAAACAUCCAGCUCUUAAAAAACAGGCCUUGGAGUCAUUGCUGUCUAAUAGGAAUGCACCGGUGUCCUGUUUGAUCAACGUUACUCGUGCACUAUUGGCCAGCCUAAAAGAACAAGAUCCCGAGGCAGUGGAUGAAUCUUUGGUGCAGUUUUGUUCAUCGCAACUUAAACUGCUCCAGCUUUAUACAGACGUCCAGCUACUGCACACACCAGAUACUUCACCCACUGAGUCUGAACAUUUGUCGUUCUCUGGCAUUGAAGACGAUCUGGCUCGAGUCGGCCCAGUCUUACAGCAAUACACAGAGAUAAACACUCGGCCCUGCGUUUCCUUCGCUCAAGACUCCGGCGAGCUGUUGCCUGUCCGAACAUUCCUGUCUCUGUUGGAGUGGGUCGACGGAGAGCUGAGGGUGAUUAAACAGACCGAUACCGACUGGAGCCAACUAGGUAGUUUUCUGUUCUGGGGUUGUCUUUCUGGCCAGAGUCCCUUACAGAGAGUGUGUGAGACUUUACAGGAGAGCGGCAUUAGUCCUCAACAGCUGCUGUCUUUGCUGUUAUCAGUUUGGCUGAACAAAGAAAAGGAGGUUCUGAAGUGUCCAGCCGCUGUCUCGAACCUUCACACACUGCUCUCCACACUUAGCGCAAUGAAAGGAGCGGUUGAUGCAUCAUGGGACGGGCAGAGCAUCUCCCCCUGGUGGCAACAGGUGCGCACGACCUGUCUUCAGUCUGAGAGCGCAGCCGCUGCACUAUUGGCUGCUGUGGUCGCUCAUCACGUAGCCAAGAGCACCAUCACCAAACUGGCACAGAGCAAGUUUCAGGAGGGAUGGGAGUGUGUGUCUCUGGAGUUGGAGCAGUGGGUGGUGUGUAUAAAACAGUUGGAGGACGUUCUUGCUCUGCAGACGUUGCUCUGCCUGCCGCCCCCUCAGGGUUCUGCAGGGGGCGCUGUUUCACGCUGCUCGGUCAAAACAAUCUUGGAGAGUGGAAGAGGAGGUGUAGCAGACUGUGUGUCAAAGUUGAUCUUCAGACAGGGUGUGUCUCCAGAACUCUUGAAGGAUAUUUUACAGCAGAGGGUGGAGAAUCAAUCCACAGAACAGCCAUCACAGCCAGGGGAAGAGGAGAGACUUAAAGAGCUGCUUGAGUUUGUUUGUCAGCGAUUCCCAAGCUCUCUGUCUCCUGAUGUGCUGUUUGCUCAUUGUAGCUGGGAACAUGUGGUCCAGUGGAACAAAGAUCCAGAGGUUGGGCAGUAUUUAGACUGGUCCGUGGAGUUUUUGAAGAUGAUCUCUAAUCCACACAUCCAGCUCGGUAUCUCUGCUAUGAUGUGGCACACAUUUAUUGUCAAGCGGUUUUCAGCUGCUGCCUAUCUAAUGGAAAAGGUGGGAAAGGCACCCAAAGAUCGGCUUUGCAGACGGGAUGUGGGAAUGGGAGACGCAGCCGUGAGAAGUUUUAUGGGCUCCUGCGUGCAGUUACUUCAGGCUCUGAUGGAGGUCUCGUCUUCUUCUUUUCUCCCUUUAUUUCCUUUUUUCUCCAGAGCGGAUUCAGGAGUGGAGGAAGUGUCUGCUCCGGACGUAUGCGUGGAAGAAGCGUGGAGCACCGCCGAAGGUCCGGUGUCUAUCGUGGAGCUGGCGAUGGAUCAGCGAUCGGUUCACUAUCCGCUCGUUCAACAUCACUGCGUGUUAGCAUCCCUCAUGCAUGCCGCUAUGACCUUCUCUCUUCGCCUUAAACCGCUCAGCCUAUUUGACAGUAAGGGUAAGAACGCAUUCUUCAGAGAGUUGACCUCCAUUCAGCUGCUGCCCAGUGGAGAUAUGGACCCAAACCUGGUGGCUGUGAGACAAGAGUUUCUGAUGGCUGUAUUAACAGGCUGGGUGAAGGCUUUAGCAGAAGCUGAGGAGAAUGGUGUCAGACAUAGUGGCACUGAAGACAUGUGGCCAUCUGUGUGUAUGGAGCUCACAUCUCUACUGCAGGUCAAUACUGACAUUCUGCGCAGACAUCUCGUCUGCGAACUCUACAACCAGGGCCUGGACCUGCGGGCAGAGGAGCUGAUGAUGGAGGUCGAGGAUAAGGAUGUUUUGGGCUCUCAGCUCCUGGUGUUGACGGGUCAGAGACUCUCCUUCUCUCUGCUUCACUCCCAAUCACAAACCAAACCCAACAUGGAGCUGCUGGCCCGUCUGCCGCCCACCCUCUGCACCUGGCUGAAGGCCAUGGACCCGAGCGAGCUCCGCUGUCCCUCAGUACCUCUGUCUCAGAGCGGCCGACUUAUCAACAAAGUUGUCGAGAUGCUUCCUGAAAACCACGCCCAGUACAGCCUUGCCCUCCACCUGCUGGAGGCUGUGGACUCCUUACAGGACGAGCCCUGAUGCACAUGUUUUUAUUAAAUCCAGACACUAAAUCCUUUCCGGGCUUUCCAGACACCCUGAAAAACCAUCAAAUCAGCCUAAAUCGGCAUCAUUAGGAAUCAGCGGGGUUUAAUUUCUCCCACAAAUAAAGACUAAAAUAACAUCUAGAUACUAGAACCUCAAGAAGAUCUCCUGUACUAGAAAUCUGCACUCACUGAAGUGCAGUCAGGGGAAAAGAGCUUGAAGUCCCUGCCUGAAGGUGUUAUUAGAAAUAAAACAAUGCUUUUAUGUAGGAUAGUUGUAAUGUAAAGACGUCUGGGGUAUAUAAAGAAGCCUUUAUACUGAGAAUAUUCAGCUGAAUAAUCAAAACAUUACAGAUUAUUAACACCAUAGGGGAGAGAUAUAUUUUAUAUGUCCAGUGACGUUUCUCAUUUAUCCUGCCAAACCAGUGUCUGUUGUGUCUCAUUAAUGCUUUUUAAUUUAAAUGUACAACUUUGUUUCGUCACAAGGUUAUCAGUUUUCAUUAGUUUUAUGCGGUCCUGUACAGCUCGUACAGUCUGUCUAUCCAUAUACUGCAAUUUAACCGAUAUACCAAAAAUAAAAAGAUUCGCAAGUUGUUUUUCA